AUGGCACCAGCUGCGGUUCUGAUGGUCGGUACUGGAGAGUACACGACUGGUUUCGUAGGCGGCGGCGCGUCAAAGUCCGACAAGAAGGUCGGUGUCGUAGGAUUGACACUGUUCGACCUUCGAAGACGCGGGAAAGUCGGUAACCUUUCCAUGGUCGGCGUGUCCGGAGGCAAAUUCCCUGCUAUUCGCGAGCACCUCCAAAAGAACAUCUCGGAGGCAUACAACGGCCUAGAUGUCUCUUUCGACGAGUUCCCCAAGGAGGGCAAGACUGACCCUGAUGCGUACAAGACCGCAAUUGACGCUCUCCCCAAGGGCAGCGCCAUUACCAUCUUCACCCCAGACACCACCCACUACCCAAUUGCCCUGUACGCCAUUGAGCGUGGCAUCCACGUUCUCAUUACCAAACCAGCGGUAAAGCUGCUCGAGCACCAUCAGGAACUCCUCGCCAAGGCAAAGGAGCACAAUGUUUUCGUUUACAUUGAGCACCACAAGCGCUACGACCCCGCCUACGCCGAUGCACGAUUCAGAGCCCAGAAGCUCGGCGACUUCAACUACUUCUACUCGUACAUGAGCCAGCCGAAGAGCCAGCUCGAGACAUUCAAGGCCUGGGCCGGAAAGGACAGCGAUAUCUCAUACUACCUCAACUCCCACCACAUCGAUAUCAACGAGUCAAUGGUCCCUGACUACAAGCCUGUUCGCGUCAUGGGAAGCGCAGCGAAGGGCAUUGCAACCACUCUGGGCUGCGAUCCUGCUACUGAGGACACAAUCACACUUCUCACCGACUGGGUGAAGAAGGACGACCCUAGUAAACGCGCGACGGGUGUCUACACAGCUGGUUGGGCUGCACCACAAAAGGCCGGUGUCCACUCAAACCAGUACUUCCAUUACAUGUCUUCGUCCGGAGAGAUCCGUGUUAACCAGGCGAAGCGCGGCUACGACGUCACUGACGACGAGACUGGCCUGCUGUGGUACAACCCUUUCUACAUGAAGUACGCCCCUGACGAGGAGGGUAAUUUCGCAGGCCAGAUCGGCUACGGAUACAUUUCCUUCGAGAAGUUCAUCGACGCUGUCAACCUUCUGAACGACGGCAAGGUCACCCUCGACCAGCUCGAUGCGCGCCCCCUGCCCACACUCAAAAACACCAUCGCCACAACUGCUAUUCUUGAGGCGGGGCGGAGAUCGCUGGACGAGAACCGCCCGAUUGAGAUUAUCGAGGAGAACGGUGUCUGGUCUCUGAAGUAA